CUAGGCCAGUGUUAAGAUAGCAGCCAAGCUGACCUGUGGUGUGCGCGUGUUGUGCUUUUAAUACCUAUAAUACUUAAAAACGAUACUUUGUACAAAUAUCAUGGAAUACUCAGACAGCUGCAGGCAAAUGUUUUUUUAAUUUGGCGUGAAUGUGAAAACUCAGGCAAAAUGAUCCAAUGGCCGUGGCUGAUGACAUUUCUGGUCCUCAUUAGCACGGUUCAAUGGACGUGCAUAAAAGCGCAAUAUCCACACGAAUAUAAUUUAAACUGGCGAGAAUAUUCGUUCUUGCCUAAAGAAUAUUAUACAAGAACAAAAAGAACAAAUUCACUUUUUCAAGAUACCACAACUCCUAUCACGGUGGAUUCAAACACAUAUAAGUAUGAACAAAGAGCAAUAAUUACGACUACAAAUGUUAGAAUUUCAACAACAAAUUUAACAAAAUCGUUUACAACGAGGGAGCAACCAUCAAAUGAUAGUACCACUCAUGUCAGUAAUGGAUUAAAAACACCUCAAAGCAAGUCUUCAUCUAUAGUCGUAUUUCCUAACUCUGCUAAAGAGGCUGUCCACACAAUUUCUGUGAAUAAAUUUAUACCAGACCGACAAAUUAUUGACAACUGUUCUAAGAAUGAUAGUUAUUGUGAUAAAGUUGACAAUUACCCAAGACAAGAUUUACAACAAAUUUUUCGCACCAGCAAAUUUAUGUCAAGUGGACUAUUUGGAGUAGAUGCCAUAACUGAUUUAGAAACAAGAAUAUCAUUAAAAAGUGUUGAGCCCCAGCCAAUCUGUGGUUCAUUAGAACAAAUAGUUUAUCCAGAAGCAGGCCUUAAUAAAAACAAUGAAUGGCGUUAUAUUGUUCAAGGUCCAAAUAAUGACAGUAAUAAUUAUAGACAAGGCAUUAGAGUGGAAAAGUGUAUAAACUCUGGAGAACCAUGCAAGUUAAGUGAAAAUUUACCAAACGGUUAUACAACAACCUGUGUGCAAAAAUACAUAUACAGAAAAUUAGUGGCAAUAAAAGAUUCAAAAGAAAUGUAUUAUGAUAGUUUUAGACUGCCAUCUUGCUGUGCAUGCAUGUAUACUGUAGAUUUACAACUUUCUUCUGAACUCUCACAAAGAUUUGAUUCAGACAAAAGACUAGAAGAAUUGUCAAUAAAAGAACCACGUAAAAAACAUGUUUAGAUUUAAAUAAAACGUAAUAAUUAUACUUAUGGUUAAAAAAAAAAUUACCUUACAAUGUAAAGUUUAUAUACUUGAUAGUUGCAUUUGUUUUAUUAUAUUAUAUUUAAUAGUAUUAAUCUAUUUAAAAUAUUAGUGCAAAACUUGUUUUAAUCAUACAAAUUACUUAGGAUUAUAAAUAGAAUUUUUUUUAAUUUUAUAAUCAAUAACGAUCUUCUACAAAACAAUACUUAAAAAUAUGUGUUAACAUUAAUUAUAUAAUACUUAUGAUGUGGCUUUUUUCCCUAAAAUCUGAUCUUCAUACAUUUUGUAAAUUCCUGUUAAUUCUUGGUCUGAUAAGUCUUUAUUUACUUCCAGUACCAACAAAGAGCAUGGCAAAUAGCUUUGGUCAUCUUUCAUUAACCAUUUUUCAUAAUAUUUGUGCAAUUUUUCCAAAUAUUCUAAUUUCAUAUUACGCUCUUCUGGGCGAUUACGACGUUGCAUUCGUUUGAACACUGUAUUUGGUGAACUUCUUAAAUAAACUGAAUGUUUACAUAUAGGUUAUCAUUAAUUUUAAUAUACACAAUUUUAUAGGUUCAAUUACUUACCAAUCAAAUCUAAUCCAAUAUCAACAUUACGCUCAAUAAAUUCAUACCACUGGCACAUCACACUAUAUUCAGGGCCAGAUAGUGUUCCACUAUCAUGAGCCAUUUCUACAAAGCAAUACCUGAUUCAAAUAAAAAAACCUAAAUUAAAAUAAAUAUGAUUACCUAUUUAAUGUUUGAGCGCUCGCUCUAUAUUAGAGAUAUAAGGUUUACCUAUUAUUUUGUAAUGACCGUUCAAACAUUUGAAUUUUUUUAUCAGUCACCUUUGAUUGUAAUUUUAACCGACUUAGUUGUAAAUUAUGCUGAAAAGCAAAGUUCCAUCUCUUAGGAUCCAAGUAAUUAAGCUCAAGCAAGUUGUAACCAUCCACAUCACGCCACAUUUCUAUCGGCUCCUUGUAUUAACAAUAUUUGAAAUAUUUAUUAUUAUAUAUUAGGUAAAUCCAUAGGUUAUGAUCAGACUAAUAUAUUUAAUUGACAGAAAAUAAUAUAAUUAUUAAGUUACUACAAAAUACAUUAUUAUUAUUAUUCAAAAAAUUAUUUGAAAAAUGUUUAUGAAAUAGUAGGUACUAAAUUAGUUAAUACAUUUAUGAGAAUAUGGCAUAAAAAAACUUACAGGAUUCGCUUCGACUUCUUUAAAAGUUUGAAAAUAUUUAAUUAAAGUUGAUUUACCAGAACCAACAUUUCCUUCAAUUGCCACACGAAACGGCUUCAUAAUUUCAAUAGAAAACUAGGAAAAGUAUUUUAAAUACAAUUCUGAAUCGUAUAUGUAUAUCUUAUUCGUUGGCAUACAGAAAAUUUAAUAUAUUGAUUUUCGUUAUCACUGAAUCAAUAAUAUUUCAUAUUUCUUUUUAUCGGAAUUUCCAAGAAAUCGUCUACAGACAACAUUUAACCACACAAUUGAUUAAGCGCCGUUAAAUGAAUACCAUAGAUUAAAGACAUGUAUAUAAUCUAUGCGAAUACUUAUUAAAAAAAGCGCCAAACCUCCUUCAUUUGUUUAUAAUAGUAUAUACCAUGAUUUAAAUAUAUUUAAGCCAUGGUAUAUACCUUAUCAAAAUUACCAUAUUUAAUAACAGUAAACAAAAAAAAGUAGGAUAAGUAAUGAGGUUUUAAAUUGAUUUGCGUAUUUGCGCGCCAAAACUAUAGUUUGUAAAUUAUGUAAACAACGAGUGGAACUGAAAUAGAGAAUAAUAAUUAACAAUACUAU